UCAUAUUCUUGUUUAGGAUAUCCAAAGUAAUUUACAAGUUCGUUUUGUUUUUGUUUUUUCCUGUGAUUUAAAUAGUAUAUUGCUGUUUUAUUGUUAUGAAUAAUAAGUUUGAUGCGUUAAAAAACGAAGAUAGUGGAGAAGAAGAUACUGCUCGACUUUCAACAGAAAUGCCAGAUAUAAGUCAGAUAAAAAUUGAUCCACCACUACAAGACCCAGGUGAACAUCAGCUUCAGUUCAGCUAUGCUUUUUGGUACUGUAGACAGCCUCGUUUACGAAGUUAUGAUCAAAACUUGAAAAUGAUCGGCACUUUUAGUACUGUUGGAAAGUUUUGGUCAUUUUACAGCCAUCUUGUCAGACCUUCAGAACUGACUGGGCAGAUUGAUUUUCAUCUCUUCAAGGAAGGAAUCAGGCCUAUGUGGGAGGAUGAAGCUAACAGAAAUGGUGGUCGUUGGGUUUUACGGUUAAGAAAAGGCUUAGCUUCACGUUGUUGGGAAAACCUUAUCCUAGCAAUCUUAGGUGAGCAAUUCAUGGUGGGAGAAGAAAUAUGCGGAGCUAUGAUAGCAGUACGUUUCCAGGAGGACAUCAUAUCAGUAUGGAAUAAGACAGGCAGUGAUAAUGCCACCACCAUCAAGAUCCGAGAUACUUUAAAGAGAGUGUUGAAUCUGCCACCUAAUACUUAUAUGGAAUACAAGAUGAACUGUGAGAGCCUCAGAUGGAAUUUGUGAUGUUAGAUGAGAAAGUAUCUGUACAUUUAUAUAAGUAUUUAAAAUCGCUCUUUAUUAAAUAAACUUAUGAAGCCUGUUAAA